AUGUUCACCAAACUGAUCUGCAUUGCCGCUCUGGCCAUCUCGUGCGCUUCGGCCAAGCCAGGACUUUUGGCUCCGGUUGCUGCCCCGCUCGCUUAUGCCGCAGGACCCGCCGUCGUCACGGCCCAGAGCUCGCAGGUUGUGGCCCGUAACUACAAUGGAAUUGCUCCGCUAGCUUACACCGCACCGGCCCUGGCCUAUGCUGCACCGGCCGUCGCUAAGGUUGCUGCUCCGCUGGCUUAUGCUGCACCGGCACCACUUGCUGCCACGUAUGCUGCUGCUCCGCUAGCUGCUCCGUUGGCUGCUCCUUAUGCUGCUGGAUUCGCUGCUCCUUAUGCUGCUGGAUUCGCUGGCUUUGUAGCUCCCUAUGCCACCUCCUACAACGCACACACCGUCAACCAUGCUGUGGCUGCACCAGUUGUUGCGGCUGCACCGGCCCUCGUUGCUGCUCCGGCUGCCCGUUUCGUAGCUCCGGCUGCUCCGGCACUGGCAUAUACCGCUGCUGGACUCCCAGCGUACAGUGCCUACACUGCUGCUGCCGGUCUGCCUGCCUUCAGCCCAUACUCUGCGUACACCGGUCUGCCAGCACCAGAUGGAAAGCUGGCUCUGCCCCUGUUCUUCGCCGCCGUCUCGGCUGGAUACCUCGGCUCUCCGCUGGCUUACUCUGCCCCGGCUUACGCUCAUGCCCCGCUGGCCGCAGCCUACCACGCCCCGCUCGCCUACCACGCACCAGUCGUGAAGACCGUCGCUGCCCCAGUUGCCUACGCCGCCCCGGCCUACCAUGCUGCCCCGAUCGUUAAGGCUGUUGCCCCAGUUGCCACCAGCUACGCCAACACCUACAAGGUUUCCGUGAAGGCUCCGGUUGCCUACGCCGCCCCAGCCGUUGUGUCGCACGCUCCGGUCGCUUACGCCGCCCCGGCCUACGCCGCCCCAGCUUACGCUCAUGCCGCCCCUCUGGCCUACGCUCACGGAUACUACCACUAA